GUGACCGGAAAAGGCGGGUCGAGGCGAGUGGGUCUCCCUGGCGACGACUAGGCCUAGCUGUCUGCGGCGGCCCGUGAGGGAGGCGAUGGCGCCCGCGACCCCGACAGCAGUUAGCGGCGUCGCUGCCCUUGAAUGAAGGGAGCUCGCGGUCGCCGAGGGAAGCGGCUCCCCCUCGGCCCGGGCCGCGCCGCCUUCUCUCCGCCCGGCACAAGGACUGGAAGAGGACGGAAACUAAGUGGUGAUCAAAUAACGUUGCCAACUACCGUGGAUUACUCAUCAGUUCCUAAGCAGCCAGAAGUAGAAGACUGGUCUUCAUGGGAUGAAGAUGCUCCUACAAGUGUAAAGAUUGAAGGUGGUAAUGGCACUGUGGCCAGUCAACAAAACGGUUUGGAAGAAAUGGAGCCUGACUACUUUAAGGACAUGACUCCAACAAUAAGGAAAACACAGAAGAUUAUUGUUAAAAAACGUGAACCCUUAAAUUUUGGGAACCAGGAUGGCAGUGCAGGGUUUUCUAGUAGAUUAGCAGCUACACAAGAUGCACCUUUUAUUCACCAAUCUCCGGAAUUGGGAGACUUGGAGACAUGGCAGGAAAACACAAAUGCCUGGGAAGAAGAGGAAGAUGCAGCCUGGCAAGCAGAGGAAGUUCUAAGGCAACAGAAAAUAGUAGAAAGGGAAAAACGAGCGGCCGAGCAACAAAGGAAGAAAAUGGAGAAAGAAGCGCAACGGCUAAUGAAGAAGGAGCAAAAUAAAAUUGGAGUGAAGCUGUCCUAACAUCACUCACUUUUUUUUUUAAUAUCUCAUGGUACCAGCGAAAGGGGAGAAUCCAAACACAUUAUUUUGUAUUGAUCUCAGUAUUUUUAGAACUCCACUCGCUUUACUUUCAAAGCCAUCUUGGGAGAUGUAGUUCUUCCAUAAAGGAUCCUCAGCUGGACAGUUCAAGCCACAAAAGCGUCAUCCAACUAAAUCCUACCAGAAUGGGACAUUAUUUCCUGCAAAGAGCCCUAUCCCAGCACUCUCCUACUACAAGAAGAGAGACUGUUGCAUAAAACUCUUCAAAUGCUUGUUUGAAGCUUAAGGGAAUAAAGGGGUGUAAAUAAUUGAAUGAUGGCGAUCUAUUCUAUUGUCUUAUUAUGCUUAUUACUGGAAAGGUGUGUAAUUAAAUAAUUUUAA